AUGCACAACUUGCAAUCUAUCUGGGCCGGUGUUGCCCUCGCAUUGAGCGUCCUGGUUGCUGGAAGACCCGCGCCUUUGGUCGCUCGUGACGUUUCUUCGGAUCUCCUUGACCAAUUCAACCUGUUUGAACAAUACGCCGCUGCAGCGUAUUGUUCAGAGAACUUCAACUCAACGGGCACAAAGUUGACAUGCUCGGCUGGAAACUGCCCCCUUGUACAGGCGGCGGACACCGAGACAUUGGAUGAAUUUGCAGAUACUUCUGGUUAUGGCGACACGACCGGUUUUCUGGCCGUGGAUAAAACGAACGAGCUGAUAGUUCUGUCCUUCCGUGGCAGCUCUUCCUUUGACAACUGGAUUGCCAACAUUGACUUUGUCAAGACCGAUGUUGACCUCUGUGACGGCUGCGAAGCCCACUCGGGAUUCUGGGAAGCUUGGGGAUCCGUCGCGGAUUCCGUGACUAGCCAAAUUGAUUCGGCUCUCUCGACAUAUUCGGGUUACAAGCUAGUCAUCACCGGACACAGUCUUGGUGCAGCGUUAGCUACGCUUGGAGGCGUUGUUCUGAGAAAUUCCGGACACACCCUUGACCUCUAUACGUUUGGAUGCCCCCGUGUCGGAAACGAAGCGUUGGCCCAAUACAUCACGUCGCAAAGCGAUGCCACCUACCGUCUUACCCACACGGAUGAUCCUGUUCCUAAGCUACCACCCAAGUCGUUAGGUUUUAGCCAGCCCAGUCCUGAGUAUUGGAUCACGAGCGCAUCUGGUGAUCCAGUAACCGCAUCCGAUAUUCAAGUCAUUCAAGGUAUCGACUCCGAGGCAGGUAAUGAUGGAACGGCCACUGGUUUGGACAUUGAAGCUCACAGAUGGUACUUCAAUGCUAUAUCGGCAUGUAACUGA